GCUCCCGUCAGACCGUGAACGCGAGCUUCGUGCGCGCUCCAGGUUGAAGGCGAAUGCGGUAGGCGACGAGAAAACAAGCGACGGCGGAGACUCACGGCUCACCUCCACAUCACAAGACCUUAUUUUGGAGCGGAAAUUUCACGCCCUGUCGGGUCGUGUUACCGUCGAAGACGGCUGAGGAUACUCACGGACAGAAUCAAUAGGAUGCAGUGUAGACUUGGCUGGUGACUGGUCUGCAGGCUCUCCACUUCUGUUGUCCCUGGAGUCAGCCAGUUGGGGGGCAGAUUCCUGCGCUCCCCUCUUCUCAGUCUGAGUCUUUGUCUGGACAAAACCAACCGCCUGCUAUUGGAGUACACAGCUCGUCCUUGCCCGUGUUGCCUGGAUCAGCACAGCUCAUCUCCUGACUGAGGAGAGCGCAGCAGCUGCACAAGACUCACCUUCUACCAACUGAUCCCUCCUAGCCCUGCCCACACUUCCCAAUCACCAUGGUGCUGUCACAACGGCAACGAGAUGAACUAAAUCGAGCGAUAGCCGAUUAUCUACGUUCCAAUGGAUACGAAGAGGCAUAUUCCACUUUCAAGAAGGAGGCGGAAUUAGAUAAUAAUGAAGAAUUGGAUAAGAAGUAUGCUGGCCUUUUGGAAAAAAAAUGGACCUCAGUCAUCAGAUUACAAAAGAAGGUGAUGGAACUUGAAUCCAAACUGAAUGAAGCUAAAGAGGAGAUCACCCUGGGAGGGCCGGUCAGUCAGAAGCGCGAUCCCAAAGAGUGGAUCCCACGCCCACCAGAAAGGUACGCGCUGAGUGGCCACCGCAGUCCAGUCACCCGCGUCAUCUUCCACCCAGUCUUCAGUGUCAUGGUGUCAGCUUCUGAGGAUGCCACAAUAAAGGUGUGGGACUAUGAAACGGGAGACUUUGAACGCACACUGAAAGGCCACACAGAUUCUGUGCAGGACAUUUCUUUUGACCAGACUGGCAAACUGUUAGCAUCUUGCUCUGCAGACAUGACUAUCAAGCUGUGGGAUUUCCAAGGCUUUGAGUGCAUCAGGACCAUGCAUGGCCAUGACCACAAUGUUUCGUCUGUAGCCAUUAUGCCCAAUGGAGAUCACAUCGUUUCUGCCUCAAGGGACAAAACCAUAAAAAUGUGGGAGGUGGCAACUGGCUACUGUGUGAAGACCUUCACGGGCCACAGGGAGUGGGUCCGUAUGGUGCGGCCCAACCAGGACGGCACACUGAUUGCCAGCUGUUCCAACGACCAGACAGUGCGUGUGUGGGUCGUGGCCACCAAAGAGUGCAAGGCUGAACUGCGGGAGCAUGAACACGUGGUGGAGUGCAUCUCCUGGGCACCAGAGAGCGCCUACCCCACCAUCCUAGAGGCCACAGGCUCUGAGAUCAAGAAGAGUGGUAAGCCAGGCCCCUUCCUGCUGUCUGGCUCCAGAGACAAAACCAUCAAGAUGUGGGAUGUCAGCACCGGCAUGUGCCUUAUGACACUGGUUGGCCAUGACAACUGGGUGCGUGGGAUCCUCUUCCACCCAGGAGGCAAGUUCAUUGUGACCUGUGCAGAUGACAAGACCUUAAGGAUCUGGGACUACAAGAACAAGCGCUGCAUGAAAACCCUGUGUGCCCACGAACACUUCGUUACCUCUCUGGAUUUCCACAAGGCUGCUCCCUACGUCGUCACCGGGAGCGUAGAUCAAACAGUAAAAGUGUGGGAGUGCCGCUGAUCUGGACCUUGGAGGAUUGGACCACCACCCCAAUUACCCAGGCACUCCUCUGGAUCCCACCUCCCCUCCUGCCAUCCCACCUCCUGUUUCAUUCCACCCCCACCCCCCCCUAACAUAAAAUCUCACCCACACAUCUUCAUCUCCUCCGGCUGUAAUUGCCACCAUGGUUAUUUACCCAUCGCGCUCUCUGGUCCAAUAACUUUUGUCCUUCUAUGUAAAUUAUUCCUGGAUGUAGAUCGAGCUAUUAAAUGUUACACAAAAAAGUAUUCUUGCAUGGUAAUCCAAAAUUGUAUACUGUAAAUUUACAUAACAUUGUCUAGAAGUACCAUAGGUUUAACAUGGGGCUGGCCGUCUGUCACGCAGCCUUACCGACCAACCGAAGGCAGAUGUUUUUGACUGGGUGUAAAAUGUAGGGCACUAAAAACCAAUAAUUUAAGAAAUGACAGUGUCUUUAUGUGUAAGAUUUAUUUUUGUCUAUUUUUUUAUUUAGAAUUUUUUUUCUGUUAUUUCUCUCCUUCACUGUCGUAGUCUGUUGGUGCCUAGCUUGGUGAAACUCCCGAGAGAUAAGGCAGGAAAAGCAUAUAUGACGCGUCAAGAUACGAUUGUCUGUGGGGCUUUGUUAUUGAAAUAAUCUGUAGCUUUAUAACGUCACUUUUCAAGUGUGCAUACCAUUUCUCUUCAUGUGGAACUAGGUAAUAUUUUAAUGGCUGUAUAUACGAAUGUUUCAAACUGUUGUCCUUGGACCUCGGGGGCUUACAAACAGCUUUGUACUCUUGUCAUGGUGGCACAUGAACCACUGCUAGGCUUUAGAUAAAUUAUCGCAUUUAAUGAAUCUGCAGCAAAGAAUAAAAAGUUGAAAUCUUUGAAAGUGGCUUUGUCUAUAACUGAACAAAGUUUUUCACAAGAAGCCCAGUGUAGCGAGCAAGUUUGUGUGGCUUUUGCUGUCAGUAAACUCCCUGGGUCACAACAGCACCUGAGCAGAGUUCAGGGAUUACACCUGUUUAAUCUCAAGCACUUGAUAAAGGCCUGGGGCGUGUCUCCCUUUACGAGACGAUCUCCUGUGACCUUGCGUGUCAGACUUUUGAUGGACUAAACCCUCUGUCCACUUCUAGUCCCCUGUCCAGGCAAUCUCGGCGGGGAUUGGUGUACCAAACGAAUUAUGUAAAGUCAGAGAAUGCUCAGCUGACCCAUGGCACCUCGGAAAGCUACAUACAGAAACCUCGUGUGAAAUAAACUUGCUAAAGAGAAAACAAAGGCAUGACGAGGAGUCAAAGUGAGCCCCCCGGGUUUGUUUUCUGGGAUGUGCAAAGAUCUCUUAAUUUCUGAGGGGUGAAUUAUAUGUUCUGCAUAAUAAAAAUGGUUUUGAGUAUAAAAAAAAAA